GUGUGUGUGCAUGUAUAUGUGUAUGUAUGUACAUACAAGUGUGUCUGUAUGUACGUAUUGUAGCUGAAAACGUUUCUUUGUUUUAUUGUUGUAUUUUUUUUAGUGAAAAUGGGCUGGGAAAGUAUUCUGUAACAGGAAAGAGAACUUUGUGGAGGAGGGGUGGGGGACGUGAGAAAGUAGGCUAUUUUGAAAUAAUGUAGAGUCUCUAAAUGGAGGAAAGGGUGGUGCAAAAUGGUAAAUCAUUCAGAAUGAACAGCAUGAAUGGAAUCUUUAUUGUUAGUAUAUAUAUAUAUACUUAUAUAUAUAUAUGAGAAAUGUGAGGUGAACUAUUUCAAAACAAAUUUUGAAGUAUUUAUUCUUUGAUAAAUACUUAAUGUAGAUAAAGAUUUCCUAUAAUUCUUAUAAGCUAUGAAAAUUGGGCACAUAAUUUUGACAUUUGAGUAAGAAUAUAUAUUUUUUUAAAACUUGAUAUGACCUAAUAUCCCAUUGACACAAAUUCAUUUCACUUCAUCCAUCAUCUCAUGUUAUUCUUCUAUAUAGUCCACAUGUCUUUCAAAUUACAUAGCUACAAGUUUACUUGCUGCAUUUAUAUGAUGUACAUAUUAAAAACACAAUUUUAUUUCAAAUGAUCGUAAAUAUUGUCAACUUAUAGUUAAUAUAAUCAAAAUGGGUAAUAAGUCUUCAUUACUCUAUGAACGACAGGCUGAGUUAUCAGGUGAAAGACGAGAUCGAAGCUGGUCUUUUACAGGCAAUAUGGGUUCACCAACAUUGUCUGGUUUAAAAGCUUCAAGAAGUCGAGCAAUGUCUUUGUCUCAAAAUCCUAGGCAAUCUGGUAAUUCCCAGAAACACCUUAGGCUACCUGGUCACUUACAUAUAUCUAGUCCAUUGGAAAUACAAUCAAAAAUUAAUUCCAUGGAUUCUAUGCGCUUAGUAUCUAGCAGUUCUUUAACUAAUGUUAAUCAACCACAUUCAUGGACUCUUGGAAAAUCUGAUGCAUGGGAUUCACCAUGCAUCAAGAAUCACCAUGCAAGAAAUGCUAAUACUCAACAACAACAACAAUUCCAAAAUUGGUCAAGCAAGUAUGCCACCAAUAAAAAGCUGGACUUGCAAAAUGAGAAGAAAGUAAGCAUUAAAAAGCGAUCAGCUCAUGCAAGCGAUAGCAACAAACAACCUGUUUGUUCUUCCCACCAGAAUUCUGUACAAAUGCAGUGUUGUUCUGAUGAUGUGUUAGAUAUAAAAGAAGAUAUUCUCUAUGAAGGAUUCAGACCUCGAACUAACUCAACAUCAAUCAUAGAAAUGGGUAGGAAACAUCGCAGUCGUGUUGUAAUGGGAGCUGCCAGUGCUAAUCUUCGAAGACAGCUACAUACAAGCCAUACAGCCAUUGACAAAAAUUCUCAAGAUUCUCCCAAAAAUAUGAAUCAUUGUGCUGGAGAUUAUGUUGAACUUGAUCCUCGGCAAACAAUGUUUCAUGAGCAACAGAAUUUUACCAAUGAACAAGUAUACUUGCGGAAAGAAGGCAGAUCUAGGGCAAUGAAUGAAAAUAAGACUAUAGAUGAUGUUUGUUUUCAACUGCCACCAACAAACACUUCUAGGACUACUCUUACACCAAAACUUUGGGCAGGUAAAACUCUUCUUCCAGAUAUUCAUGAAGAAAAAAUUCUAAGUUCUAGUGUGCCAAAUUGCAAUUAUGACUCCUUACUUAAGAAUAUUCCACAACAGAAGAGUCCAGGUAUUUCUCCACUUACUCAUGGCAUUUCUUCAGUGAGAAACACUGAUUUUAUGAGGAAAAGAAGUUGUAGCAUAUCACAUACUCCAGAAUUUAGUGCACAUCAGCAAAUGCAUUGGAAUCUACCUCCAAAUGCAUUUGGAGAAGUUAAUAACCGAGAAAUUCUCAUUCAUUAUAGCCCAUCUUCGGUGCGCAAAUUUCCUAGAAAAUUAUCUGUUCCAAUAUUAAUGACACCUAAAACUAGAAUUGUUCCGGAUAAGGAACGACUGUGGAAUUAUAAUGUGACUCUUGGUGAUUCUUGUCCUAAUCUUACCAUUUCAUCAAAUAAUAGCCCUGGACAUGGACUUUACCUGAGCCAGAACAAUAAAGAUCCUGAUGCAAUUCGUAAUCUGAAAAGCAUGGAAGGAUUUAUGGACAAUUGUCCAUCAUGUCAUUUACCAUUUGACAAAGGCAAGAAACGGCGCCUUAUUGAUUCCUGUGGUCAUGAGCGCUGCUAUUCUUGCAUGUUUAAUGUGGAGCAGUGUCCGCUCUGUGAAAAUACUGCAAACCCUGCCAAAACAAAUGGACAUUUUUCACGUCAGAGUAGUGUAGAGUCAGCUGUAUUCACUCACCACCGACCUAAAUUAAAAACAAAUGGACAUUUUACCACUUAUAUGCAGACUCGAAUGGAUAUAUCACCUACACCAGCAACAGAAACGAAUCCUUUUUUAUCACAACCUUCUCCUAAACUGGCCAGUCGAAACACAGGACAAUCUGCUGCAACUCCUCGGCUUGGAGUGGUCCAAAGUUCCAAAACGAAGAUAACGAAAGCACCUCUCCUCACCUCUCCACCUGUGUCAUCUCCAACACCGCCUCCCUUGCCUCCCAAGAACUAUUUAUACAAUGAGCUUGGCAUUCCAAAACACUACAGCAGUGACUCUGCUCUUGGCUCACCAGAUGUCAGCAGUGUCAGUGUUUCUGUGACUACGGAUGAUAUUGAUGAAUUGCCCGAGCUAGAUCGGGAAGGACCAAUGUCUGAAAUAACUGAAGAAGCAGGAAAUGGAAUGCCAGCAGUUUGUAAAGGGAACAGCCCUCCACCACCUCCACCAGAUGUUGCUCAAAAUGACCUUAUGGCUCGACUUGGCCUGUUGCUAGAAGAACUCUCCAGCAGUGAACAAAUGUCCACAGGCAGCAAAGAAGGCAACUGUAAAGAAGAGGCUUUUACUAGUAUCUCUUCACUAACCAGCAGUGAGACCACACCAGAUAAAGGCAUCUCUGAUACCAGUCCCAUUUCAACAUUAACGGUUUCGUCUGGCAGUGAACAUGGUCUGCAUGGCCCACCCCGCAAUAUCUCUCACCAUCACCACAACCAUCACCACCACCUUCAUUCGUUGUACACAAACUGUACACAGGCCUGCACUGCCUCUGACAGUAUGACAUCGCUGAGGAGUUUUAGCAUUGGCAACGGAGCCAGUCCACUCCACACAAUGCAAAGGCCGCAUUCAAUAAACACUGUUACUCCAGGACCCAUAGAAGAUCUGCAAUUGUUUGGGAAAAGAAAGUCUUCCCUACGUCUGUCUUCUACCCGAGGUAGCAUUGGACUUCUUUCUGAUGUUCGAUUUGCACCAAUUCGACCACCUCAGCUGAAGAUGUUUCCAAUCAAAUUUGAAAUUCCUCACAGUGAAGGGAAAUCUGUUUUUAUUGGAAGAGAGUGGCUUUUCAAAGAAAUAGAAAUGGCCUUGAACAGUGAAUGGUCCAGUCAGACACAAGGAGUAGUACUCCAAGGAGAUGUUGGUAGUGGGAAGACAGCAGUAAUAGAACAACUUCUUGAAUACAGUUGCUUUGGAAAUAAAACCCAAGGACCUACUUUAAUUAAUGGAGAUGCUUAUCCAGAAACAAAUGGUAAGGACCGCCCUAGGCAGAAUGGCUACCAGAGCAGUCCUUGUGGAACACUUAGCAGUCUUUCAUCUUCGUCAGUAGCUAGUCACAACUCUUAUUUGAGUGCAUCCAGUACUAGUUUGAAUUAUGAUUCUUUAAAGAGUCUUGGCUGCCAAGUAGUAGCCUAUCAUAUAUGUCAAGCUGACAACAACACAACGUGCAUGCUACCUGAUUUUGUACACAGUAUUGCUGCUACAUUAGCCAGAGCACCACAACUUGAAGCCUACCGUGAAAUGUUACUUGUUGAUCCCAACUUGUUCAAUAUCCUUACCAUGAAGGAAUGCAUUCAGAAUCCAUACCAAUCCUUUGUAAAAGGUGUCUUAGAACCUUUAAAAAUGUUAAAAAGCAGUGGAAAGAUAACUUCAGACAGUUGUAUAAUUCUAGUUGAUUCAUUAAAUGAAGCUGAAUUCCAUCGACCUGACUAUGGUGACACAAUUGGCUCGUUUCUUUUGCAUUAUUUGCACAAAUUUCCUAUGUGGUUGAAAGUGAUUGUAACUGUACGAACAAGUUAUAUUGAAAUAACACGGCAGUUACCAUUCUUCCAUAUAUCUAUUGAUACUUGUGAUGCCACAGUUAAAGACCUACAUGAUUAUAUCAGCUAUCGUAUCAAUGUUAGUACUGAUCUUCAGAACAAUAUAGCUGUCGACGAGACUGGAACACAAAAUAAAUUUUGCAACUAUUUGCAAACACUUAGUAAUGGCAGCUUUCUCUAUUGUAAAUUGGUCCUUGAUCUUAUAGAACGUGGAAACUUAGUUCUGAAGAGUUCCAACUAUAAAAUUAUACCUAUUAAUAUUUCUGAAGUCUUUCUGCUACAUUUCAAUUUAAAAUUUCCCAGUGUCAGAUCUUAUGAAAGGAUCUACCCAAUACUUGGUGUGUGUUUAGCCUCACUUUAUCCUCUCAACCAAGAAGAGAUUUAUGAAGCCAUUAAUUCAGGCUCAACAAAGAAAUAUAUUUCUAGAGAUGAAUUCUUACAUAGACUUGAAAUACUUUCUGGGUUUCUAUACCACCGUGAAACAGAUAACACCUAUAUGUUUUUUCAUCCAGCCUUUAGGGACUGGCUUAUUAAAAGGGAUGAAAAUGAACACAGAAAGUUUUUAUGUGAACUUCGGUAUGGUCACAGCUUGAUGGCAUUUCGCUUGUCAAGAAUUUGUAGCAAUCAAGAUCCUGAAAAGUCCCUGGAACUUGGUCAUCACAUCCUGAAAGCCAACAUAUAUAAAAACCUGUGUCGCCAGUCACAGUUUUCAUCGCGAGUUUUUCUUGCCUAUUGGAUGUGCCUUUGCUCUGACAACCUCAAUGCUGCUUUAGUCACUCAACGGAAUCUUUUCUCCCCAAAUGUUAAGGUUAGCCGCUUACUUAUAUUAGCUGGAGCUAAUCCCAAUGCCAAGAGUAACUUUCUCAAUCAAGCCCCAAUAUUGUGUGUGAGUGCACGAGAAGGCUUCCUUGAAAUGGUGUCAUCAUUGUUAGAAUUUUCAGCCUAUGUGGAUGCUGUAUGUGAAGAUGGGAUGACUGCCUUAUGUCACGCAGCUGCUAAUGGACAUCUGGAUGUUAUUAAAUUAUUGUGUUCGAAAAAAGCAAAUUUAAGUCAUACAGAUAAAUGUGGACAAUGUCCAGCCGUCCAUGCAGCCAUGCAUGGACACCUCGAGUCAUUAGCUUUCCUCUUACAAUGUGAUUGGUCAAGCGCAUCAAGUCAACAACAAAAGAUUGAAGCCAUGCAACAGGCAUUUGUUGCUGCUGCUGCAAUGGGGCACAAACAUAUCUGUGAUUAUUUAGUAGUACAUGCUGUUGGGAGAAGUAAUGAAGCUUUCAGUAUAGAUGCAGUUGAUACUUUAAUUGGAGAAACAGCGCUAACUGCAGCUUGUCUUCAUGGCCGUGAAGAAGUUGUUCGUUAUUUAAUCAAGCAAGAAGCCAAUGUCCAUCUGGCUAAUACCAAAUCCUAUAGUCCUCUGCUUUGUGCUGUGAAAGCAAAUAAAUGUGAAGUUGCUGAAAUUCUAUUCCAAGCUGGAGCUUCCAUAGAACAACCAGAUAAAAAUGGUCAUACUCCCUUGAUGCUGGCUGCCGCUGAAGGACAUAUUAACAUAUUAGAAAUGCUUCUCUCAGCAGAAGCCAGUCAAACUGAAGUUGACAAGGAUGAAAUGACUGCACUAAGUUUAGCUUGUUUACAUGGUCAUCUGCAGAUUGUACAGAUUCUUUUGAGUAGAGGUUCUGAUUUACAUCAUGUUGACAAAAAUGGGCAAACACCUUUACAUCUGGCAUCAUUCUACGGAGAGCCUCAAAUCGUUCAGUAUUUAAUUGACCAAGGAGCUAAUAUUGAGCAUGUCGAUAGCAACAAUAUGAGGCCACUGGAUAGAGCAAUUGCUUGCAAAAACAUUGAUGUUAUAAUGUGUUUUCUGAAGAAAGGAGCGAAGCUAAGCCCAGCAACUUGGACUAUGGCUGUUGGAAAACCAUCAGUUAUGCUAGUAUUGCUCAAGAAACUUAUGGAUGAUGGAAAUAUUCUUUAUAAGAAAAAUCGUGUCAAAGAAGCUGCUCAACGUUUUCAAUAUGCCUUGAGAAAGUUUCCUAAAGAUGGAUUUGGUGAUGAUGCUCGUACUUUCUAUGACCUACGCAUUAGCUUGUUAUUGAAUCUGUCCAAAUGUAAAAGAAAAUUACAGGAUUAUAUUGCUGCAAUUGAACUUGCCACUAAGGUUCUUGAAAUUCGUCCGAAAUCCUUUGAAGGCUAUUAUGCUCGUGCCCGGGCCCGCAGAGAUAACAAACAAUAUGAUAGUGCUCUAGAGGACCUAAAACAAGCAGUGUUUUUAGUCCCUAACAAUGCAGAACUUCAACGUUUAUUGUUAAGGUUACGCAGUGAAUGUCUGGAGCAAGCUAACAUCUUGAAAGAAACACCAAGUGAAAGCACAGAUGUACAGUCUACCACUGUACUACCUGUUGAAACCAAUAACACUUCUGCUGCUGCCAUUACAGAACCUGCCCCUGCUGUUACCAUUAUACAUCCUGAAACUGAAGAUGGAGAAGUUUGUUCAAGUUCAUCUGUUGUUACCUAUAGGGAAGAAACAGCCCUCUGAUAUUUUGCACAUAAAAUCCUCUAGAUUUAUCACAGAAUUAAGGUUUAAAAGGGGAUAUUCUGUGAUUUGUAUUUUUUCUCCCCCAAUUCAAAAGUACAAAGCAAUAUAUUUCUUUGAAGGAUAUUCUGAAGAUUUUCAAGAGAGGAAGUCUUAAAUUUUGCCAACUCUAUUUAUUAAAACAUUAGAAGUAAUAUUAUUUGGAUAAGUAAACUAGGAGUACAAAGAAAGUAGGGUAUUCAGUAAAUAUUUAAAUUCUUUUACUGAAUAUUUUGAUUGCAUCAUUGGAUCUUUCAGUUGAACACAUUUCAAACAAAAAUCAUCUGCAAGUUAUUUAAGCAUAGUUUGAAACUGUUCUUGUUUCAUUUUUUUUCUCCCAAAUAAAACAAUAACUUAUUUGUAAAGAUUUUUAAAACCACCUUCUUGACAUUAACUGAUAUCUUUUGAAAUAUAUAACUUCUUGAUUUAAAGUAAUGAAUGGCAGUUGAUUGCUUUUACUUAUGAUAAAUAUUAUAAUUGUUAAUUAUUAACAUGUUAAAAAAUUGUUUUACAUGUAUAUCUUUGUUCAACAAGCUGUGAUGUCAAAUUAAAUUUUAUUUUUUUGUCAUAAAUACUUAUUUUAAUCUAAAAACAUAAAACUAAUUCAUUUAGUGAACUUAAUUUUUUUUUCCGGUCAAUUUGCUGUCAGAAAGAUAAUAUAUAGUAAAAGUUAUCAGAAACUAUAUAUAUAUUAUAUAUAUAUAUAUAUAUUAUAUAUAUAUAUAUAUAUAUAUAUACACACACACAUAUAUAUAUAUAUAAAUAUAUAUGUAUAAUAUUCCAGCUGCAUGUUCCUUUAUUAAAGAAUUUUAAAUUCUAAUUACUUUUGAUUUUUAAAAUGUUUGAAAUUUAUAUUCCUUUCUAGUUAUUUGCUCUAGCGCAAAGAAAAUGUGAAUAUUCUUUGAAAAUUAGAAAAAAAUAUUCUUGGCUGUUAGUAGAAAAAAGAUAUUUGUUAUGAAUUGUAUGGCUUCUCCCCUCAGCCAAAUCCUGCCAUGAUUUCUUAAUAUAUAACUCACUGUGAUCAAGAUAAGCUGUUUUGAGUAUUUUCUUUUCCAAAUUUGUUUUUAAAUCCUUUGCAAAUUAACGUAAAAGGAGAAAAUUAACUAUCUAAGUCUGUGCUAAUUAAACCAAACCAAAUGCAUGUAAAUUUUCAUUUUUUUUUUUAUCUACAAACUGUCAAUUUCUUUAAUCAUACACAACAGACGCAAAAAUACAUAGAUGUGACUCCUUCUCAAUGAAAAUCUUUUGAUUAUCCUAUGAAAAAAAAAAUCAUUUAAAAUAAAAGCUGUUUUUAAGAUACUAGCUUUGCUCAGAGAAGAGAUAUUUGUUGACACCAUAUCCUUAAAGGCUAAAUGAAUGAAUAAUCUUAAUUUUUGUUUUUAAAUCUGCUCUCUUUGAGAAUAUAAUAGUAAGUUGUAUAGUCAUGCCAAAUAAAGUAUUUAUUUUAUUACAUAUAUGCACCAAAUUGACAACAGAUUAUUUUCUAUUUCUAGCAAAGAAAAAUUUGUUCACAUUUCAUUUCCUUUGCUAAGUAUGGAAAACUAAUCUUUACAUGGGGAAACUUUUGUCUUUAAAAAACUGCUAAUCGAGAUAAACAUAUUUAAAAAAUUGUAGAUUUAUGGUUUAUAUUAAAUUUAUAUGCCUGAACGUUUAUUUAUUUUUUGUUUAUUUUGAUGGGGUGGGGUCUUGUGUAUUAUAUAUCAAUUAGAUAUGAUGCGAAAAACAUCUUACAAACAAAUCUCUACAAAAUGUAGUAAAAUUAAUUUUGGUUUCAUCUACAAUAAAAUAUUUAGUUAGCUGGAAUUAUAUUACGUUAAUGAAGUAUGGCUUACGAGAGAGACAAGACUUAACUGAUUCAUUACUCGAUGAAAAUGAUCUUGAAAGAGAAAACAAAAUUUCAUUUCAUUUUUUAUUUUUACAAUUACAUUUAAUAUAGCUGUUAUAAAAACAAUAUUUAGUCUUAUUAACAUUGGCAACAGAAUAACAAGUCAAUGAUGCUAAAAAGGGAAUCAAAUGAAUCUAUUUUUAUACCAUUUGUAUUUGAUAUCCUACUCUUCUGCCAUUUUAUUAUUUGUGACCAGCUUAUUUUGUUGCCUGGUUAACACAACUCUAAAGCACAUACACAUGUUAAUAUAUUCUUAAAAAUGGGAAAUAUAUGUAACUCCAAUGAAUGUAACCUGCAGCCUGAUUGUAUUACUUGUAACAAAAUAGAGCAGAUUUUUAAACGCUAACUAAGAUCAAUUUCCUUGUUUAAAACAAUAAACAAAAAGGUAAAUUUUGUGCUUAAUUUUCGUGUACUGAUGGUCUUUUAUAACAAAGACCAUCAAAUUACUGUCUUUCAGGAGAACUGGUCUGCCUAAUAUCUCUUAUCUUCAACAAAGUGUAGGCUGUUGCGUGAUAAACUGGUUCACAGCAGAUUAGAAUAUAUUUUAUUGUUCUGUACACUACACCAAUUCUUCUAACUUGCUACCAGGUAAUAAUGGCUCAGUUUUCUCUUGUUACAAUAUUUGAUGAAAACAAAAAGAAGCACUCUGUAUAAACAAAUCUUGAGACUUGUAAAAAUCCCAUUCAUAGCUGAUAUAAUUGAUGUUAAUUCUCUGAGUGAAUCUCCAGGGUCUCUAUGAUACAUUUUCUUAAAAGCUUUAUAUAAGUAAACAAGCCCAUUCCAUUGGUCAGAUCUCAAUUAUAAUUGUACAGUUCACAUUUUUACAAAAAAUAUUUCAAUCCUUAAAGCUAAUGAUCUAUACGUAAAAUAUAUAUAAUUAAUUUAUAAUUCUGAAUCAUUGAAACCAUGUCAGUAAUGUUAAUUUUUCAAUUAAAAAUUAACAAUACAAGAUUCCUAAUAUUUAAAUGAAAACAGCUUACAAAACUAGUUUUCUGAAGAUGAACAGAUUGAUCUUAAGAAAAUCAAAUUACUCUUUUAAAAGCUGGAGUAUUUCACACGCAGCUAAAUUCUCUCAUAAAUGAGAAAUUAUCCUAUUGAAUUAUAAUAUAAUUAUGAAAUUAAUUAAAAUAUAUACUUCCUAUAUCUGUACAUUAUUUAUUUUUAUCAUUAUGCUCAUGACUGAGGUUAGACAUCAUUGGUUUUAGGGGCAAAUCUUUUAUCUCAUCGAAUAAAUUUGUUACAAAUAUGUAACAAUGUCCAGCAUGAUAAUAUGAAGCAAGUUCAUAUGUGUUUAGUAAACGAUGAUAUAAAACACUAAAGCUUUUGAAUUUCGAGAAGAUUAUAAAAUGUAGGGACCAAGCAAAUAAGUUAUAUUACAUACCUAUGCUUGUUAAUAUCUUUCACAUUUUAUUUCCUUGCUUAACCAGCUUGCUCUUUGAAUAGGUUGGUUAAGCAAGGCUGUCCAUAUAGGUUCAAAGACUUUCAAAUUUUAAAUGGGAAAGGUUGUUAUAAGAUUUAACAAAUUUUGACUGCUACAUUGAAAAGCAGUUUGUGGUGCUCUGAACUUCACAUAUUAAACAAAAUAUUUGGUUAAUUUGAGUCUUCUGGUUAUGAAAGGAUUUCAGUUUAGUUGCUUUUGCAAACUCAAGUAGUAUGAGUCAAGCUGCAUGUUAUAUAAUUUUUCAAAAGUGUUAUUUUCAAAACGAUAUACCCCACUCCCACUAAAAAAUUAUUUCAAACAAAGCUGCUCUAUAGUUAGGACCCUGCUGUGUCAUUAUUAUUCUGGUACCAAGUAUUGUUUAUUAAAGAGAAAAAAGAUUUUGAAAAGUUAUUUCUCUUUAGUUUUUCUCCCAGACUACCAAGUGUUUGGGUAAGUGAUUGUAUCCAGGCUGCUGUAUACCUGUUGUUUGUUGUCAUUUCCUGUUAUGAUGGUUGUAAACAUUGUUGAAGCUGAGAAUAAUCAUGUCAACUUAAAGCUGUGCAGGUUUGUUCGCUAGUGCCUUCCUAGAAGUCUUGCUCGGAUCUAUACCUGGAACCAAAUCAACGUCCUUCCUUUCAUUUCUGUUUGGUCACUUGGACCAUAACAGUAAGCCAUUAAAUCAGGCUGCAGACAUGUUUACUGUUGAAACUUGUAGUCAGUGCUUGUAAAUACACUUGUUUGACCCUUGA